AUGAAUACUAACGAAAGUAGUAAUUCAAGUUCAUCCAAAAAAAGGUUACAACAAACAAAACUUGAUUAUUUUGGAAUAGCAAAUAACUUUGUUCAAGGAAAAGAAAAAAGCACUGCAUCUAAUACUGGUGAAGAUGUUGCUCUUAUCGAAAAUUUAUUGGUUAAAAGAACUCGAGAUGAAAAUACAAAACAAAAGAUAGUAGAAAUUCUUCAAAAUCUUAAAGGCCUAUCGGGAAAAGUUUUAUUGAAAAAAAUUUUAGAGGAUAAAUCUUACGAUUUAUUUGGCGAUAAUAAGCAU